AUGGGAUUCGAACCAUGGCGCGCCCUUCCUGGCAAGGGGGUCUUGCUCUUGCUCAACAUAGUCAGCGCCAUCGCCCUGAUCUACGAAGGAUACAACCAAGGUGUUUACGGCGCAGUCUCUGGCACUCCUGGUUUCAUCGCCAUGUCCGACAUUGGCGAGGGUGAGACGGUUACCAAAACCACCAAGCAGGGUGGUCUUGCCGCGGCGUACUAUUUCGGAUCCAUUUUUGGUGCCUUUAUCGGCGGAUGGCUUGGAGACAAGGUUGGAAGAAAGAGGGCGGCCUUCAUCGGAGCUAUUCUCUCGCUGGUGGGAUCGGCCAUGCAAUGUGGCUCGGUCAAUGACAACAUGUUCAUCUGCGCCCGAGUCAUCUCUGGUCUCGGGAUCGGUUUCAUCAAUAACAUCAUUCUUUCGUGGGUGUCGGAACUGACUCAAGCCCACGACCGCGGGUCGACUUUCUCUCUGGUCUUUGUGUCCAACUUUCUCGGCAUCUUCCUCGCCAACUGGAUCAACUUCGGCAUCCGCAACGACGGCUCUGCGUUCAGAUGGCGCUUCCCGCUGGGAUUCAUGUGUAUUCCCAUGCUGUUGGUGACACUGGCCAUUCCCUUCGUCCCAGAAUCUCCAAGAUGGCUAAUGGCAAAUGGCCGCAAAGCCGAAGCGGUCGACAUCCUCUGCAAAAUCCGCGGCGACAAGGCUGCAUCGGACCCCGAGAUCGCGAGAGAAGUGGAACUGCUCAACGCCGUCGUCGAGGCGUCGUACCACAAGCGAAACAACUACGUGAACAUUGCUCUUGGAGGUCGCUAUUCCGGCAAGCUCCACCUCGGCCGUCGCGCCGUUCUUGGAUUCGCUCUUCAGCAGAUCCAGCAGUGGACUGGCAUCCUGGUCAUGGUGUCCUGGGCGACGAAGCUCUUUGAGCUGGCCGGGUUCGACGGGUACAAGGCGUCGUGGAUGUCCGGCCUUCUCAACACCUUUGGCGUCAUCGGCACCGCUGCGGCGUCGCUCGUCAUCGACCGCAUCGGCCGGAGGAUGUGUCUGCAAAUCUCCUUCCUGAUCCAGGGCGUGUCGCUGUUCCUCGUGGCGGCGCUCAUCAAGACAUCGCAGGACCGAGUCACGUCGGACCCGUCGCAGUCCCAGGCUCUGGGCACCGCCGCGUCCUCCUUCACCUUCACGUUUGUCUUCUUCUUCACCAUGUUCAACAUCGUGCCGUGCUGGAUCUACGGCACCGAGAUCUGGCCCCAGGAGGUCCGCGCCAAGGGCUACUCGUUCACCAUCCUGGGCUGGGCCAUCGGCUGCGGCGUGACGACCUUCGUCAUCCCCAUCAUGCUCGACAACAUCGGGUGGUGGUCGUUCAUCUUCUUCGGCGGCAUGAACUUUCUGGUCAUGCCCAUCAUCCACUUCUUCUACCCGGAGACGGCGGGCCGUUCGCUCGAGGAAGUCGACCUCCUCUUCGCCAGCGACUCGCUUCUCGUCAGCAAGAACAUGGCCGAGUACAACCGCCGUGUCGCCGAGGCCGGUGGCAACAUCGCCGUCGCCGCAAGGAGGCUCCUCGACGAGGUCGAUGGCGAGGACAGCCUGGAUCCGAGACGAGUUUCCCUUUCCCAUGCCACCCUCGAGCAAGGUCGCGGCAAGACCGAAUCUGAGAACGAUCAUCUCGAGUCGUCCGUUGAAAAGUCGUCGUUCUAG